ACCAAGUAGACGCCAGCCAAGUUUUCCCCAGCAGCAUCGCCACGUGUCGUGUAACUUCCAACAUGUUGAUUUUGUUGAAACCUUCCAGUGACAGAUGCCUAUAUACUUUGACAGCAACUUAUUUAAUUACAGAAGUUCUCUGUUUUUGUUAAUUUACUGAACAGUUUCUGCAAGAAAGCUCCAUGUCUGUCGUUUUCCUGUUCUCUCCCUCUCUUUCUCCUUCUCUCUGUCUCUUCAGCCGAAUUUAGCAACUUUCAGUGACCGGUUACAAACAUUUGACUUUAUGUCACUUAAAAGUAUGUUUUGUUUAGGGGAAUUUUGUAAGAAAUGAAAGAAAAAAGAAAACAAGAAACUCAAAAGAACGUCGUUAGAGUAAUGAAUAUAUAGUAAUACUGUAUACGUUGGUGAAUAUACCCACUGUAUCGACAAUAACACUAGUGCCUGUAUAUUUUCCCUAACUUACGGCUUCUUAGACGGCCUAUACAUACAUACAUACAUAAUUAUACACACACACAUACACAGAGUGAGAGAAAGAAAGAAGAGGACAUUGAGAAAGGUGAAUGGAUUAGGAAAAAAUUAGAAUGUUUUAUACUAAAUAACUUGCACAAUUUGGAAAAUUUAUUCGACAGAACAUUUGACAUACAUAUGCAUGCACACAUACAUACAUUCCUAUAGGCCCGUCACCAGACAUUGGUGCUUGGGGGUGCUUCAGAAUAUUCUGGAUAGGCAACAAUUUGUAAUAAUGCGAAAGUGGUGUUUCGAAUGUAAGUGUAUUACUAUAAAUCUGAAGGUGCACCAUUGAAUAGCGAAGGAGCAGUGCCGUCCAGUGCACCCCGUUAUCGACAGGCAUGCAUUCAUACAUUCACACACACACAUAGUCGUUUUUAUUUAUUUUUUUAUAAUAUAUUAAAACUAUUUCCCCCACUUCUUAACAGGAGAAAGAAACGGGUAGUUAAAAUAAACAAAAGAAAAAAAUAUGAGAGUAACAAUUUCUCCGUAAGUUAGUUGUUAUGAAGAACUUUUGAAGGAUUUGGUUGAAAGAUUGGAAAGAAGGUUCGAUUCUGCAGAGAAAGUAAACAAGUGAUAUUUGAAAAUGUCAGACACGGAAUUACAAGAAGUUACGGAAGGAGAUAAAGCCAGCGAAAAAAUACACGAGGGAGAAGUACCAGAAGAAAAGGAAAAAUCAGAAAUAAUUGAAGAACCAGGAAGUACGGCGGAAAAAGUAAUCGAAGAAACCGAAGUAAAGGAAACAGAAGGAAAAGAAGAAUCAAAAGUAACAGUAGAAAUAGAAAGCACAGAAGAAAUAGAAAGGACGGAAGAAGGAAAGAUAGAAUUAGACGGGUUGGAAGAUUCUACAGGUGUGGGAGACCAAAAUGGAAAAGUGAAAGAAGACGAGGCUGUAGAGGAGGUUGCCAAGCCGGUAGAGGAGGAGGAAGAGAUCCUCGAAGAGGUACCGGAUAAUAUUUUGUCAGAAGAAGUAGUUAAAGAAGGUAUCUCUUCACUACGGAGAACAGGAAGUGGUCUUGCUUAUUCCUUCAUUAAACUUGAUCUCAGUAAUAGGAAGAUGACCGAUAUUUCAAUCCUGGAGAAAUAUAUUCAUCUGAGAAUUGUUAAUGUAAGCAACAACUAUUUGACUGAUCUAAAGCCUUUCAACACAUUGACUGAUUUGCUGCAGCUGACAGCCGACAAAAACCGCAUUGCAAGCAUAAUGCUUGAUCCAUGUCCGUUUCUGCAAUAUAUGUCUAUCAACAACAACAGGAUAAAGGAUAUCUCUGAAGGAAUUUCACACCCACUUGUUAGAUACAUAGACCUUAGCAACAAUAAAAUCAAAGAAGUGCCACCAUUCGAUGGAUCAGGAUUCCAUCAUCUUACCACUCUCAAAAUUGAAGGAAAUAGAAUUCAAAACAUUAACGAGUUCAAUAUACCAAAUCUGAAAAUACUGCAUCUUGGUCAAAAUAAGAUUACAAGCACUGAAUGGGUUCUGGACCUGGUUAAUUUAGAAGAACUGAAACUCAACAACAAUUUAAUUGAGAAAACUCAUGGCUUUAACUCCAACAUGACGAAACUGAAAUACAUUGACCUGAAAGAGAAUAAAAUUGCCCAGUACUAUGAUCUGAGCCAAAUGUCUACUUUGCCACAACUGAACUCCUUGAUGUUGAAUGAAAAUCCUAUAUCUCAGGAUGGCGACUACCGUGUUGAAAUUCUGAGCAUCUUAAAGACUCUCACAGUCUUGGAUGAAGAAGAAUUUACAGACGAAGAUCAUGCAGAAGUAAGGGACAUUGCCAAGCAGCGCCAUAAUUCUGAGCUGGUACCAAAUGAAGGAAAUCCUUCCUAGUCCACUUGUCUGGCUGGCACCAAGCCACUUCACUGAUGGCACCAAAUACAACUCCAGGAAUGUUUCUGUCGUAUUUAUAUUGUAUUGAUAAGAUAUUGAUCUAAUAUUGAUACAAUAUUGCUGUGAAUAUUAAAGUUAUAUUGAUGUGUUGAUUUAAAACUGAAAUAAAUAAUGUUGAUAUAAUAUUUGUGCUUUUAUAAUGUAAUACUUAUGAAAUAUUGUUGUGACAUUGGUGUAAUAUUGAUGCAAUAUUAUUUUUGAAUAAAAUAAAGGGGUUUAGUUCCUCUGUUGUGUCCUAAGCCCAAACUUUGUU